CUCCUUGAUUUCAGCGGUAAAAGUUUUCAACCAUGGCGGGUAUACACGAAGGCCCCGAAUAUGGAAUACCUGACUUUGUUUUACUGCGAGAGCUUACCAUGCCGGCUUUUAUGGAAAAUCUACAACUCAGAUUUUCCAAGGGCCGAAUCUACACGUAUAUAGGAGAAGUGGUUGUGUCCAUCAACCCGUACAAGACACUGGACAUCUAUGGCCAGGACUAUGUUAACAUGUACCGGGGGAGGGAGAUCUACGAGAGACCCCCGCACAUAUUCGCCCUCGCCGACAGUGCGUACAAAACCAUGAAGAGGCAGUCUCGAGAUACCUGCAUUGUGAUAUCAGGUGAAAGUGGCUCAGGUAAGACAGAGGCCUCCAAGAUCAUCAUGAGAUAUAUUGCAGCUGUUACAAACGUCAGUGGACAGAAAGAAGUGGAGAGGGUGAAAGAUGUCCUCAUUAAGUCCAAUGCCAUUUUGGAAGCAUUUGGGAAUGCCAAGACCAAUCGCAAUGAUAACUCCAGUCGUUUUGGCAAAUACAUGGACAUCAACUUUGACUUCAAAGGGGAUCCCAUUGGAGGUCACAUCAACAAUUACCUGUUAGAAAAGUCCCGCGUUGUUUAUCAGCAAUCUGGAGAGAGGAACUUUCAUUCUUUUUACCAGUUGCUGAGUGGUGCUACAGAGCAGAAAUUGACAGAGCUGCAUCUACAGAGAGGCCCCAAAAACUAUCACUAUAUCAAGCAGGGUGGGGAUCACAAGGUGGACUCCAUCAAUGACAAGAACGACUACCGCAAUGUGAUGGAUGCUCUGAAAGCUGUGGGAUUUGCCUUCAAACACGCAGAGACACUGUGGAAGAUUGUUGCCGCGGUGAUGCACCUGGGUAACAUUCAUUUCGAGUGUCCGGAGGAUCGGGAGGCUGCGGAGACAAAAAGCAAGGCGGAGUUAGACUAUAUCACUGAGUUGUUGUCUGUGAACGCAGAUGACCUGCAGGUGGCACUGUGCUCUCGCGUUGUCGCAGCAGGCGGGGAUGUUGUAAACAAAACUUUAACCAUUCCAGAAGCCUACUAUGCAAGAGAUGCAUUUGCAAAGGCUGUAUAUGACCGGAUGUUCACAUGGAUUGUGGGAAGGAUAAACGAAGCCAUUGACAUAAAAGCCAGCGGCAUCAAAUAUGUGGGCAAAAAUACUGUGAUAGGGGUGCUGGACAUCUACGGCUUCGAGAUCUUUGACAAUAACAGCUUUGAACAGUUUUGUAUCAACUACUGCAAUGAAAAGUUACAGCAACUGUUCAUUGAGUUGGUGCUGAAGCAGGAGCAAGAAGAGUAUAUGAGAGAAGGCAUUGAGUGGCAACAUGUGGACUACUUUAACAACAAGGUGAUCUGUGAUUUGGUGGAACAGCCACACAAAGGUAUCCUGGCCAUCCUUGACGAGGCGUGUCUACAGGUGGGAAAAGUCACGGAUGAGAUGUUCCUGCAAGCGAUGAACCAGAAACUGGGCAAACAUGCUCAUUACACUAGCAGAGCGCUGAACCCCAAGGACAAGUCGUUGGAACACACCCAACAUUUCCGCAUCAAGCAUUACGCAGGAGAUGUGUCCUACAGCGUCGUCGGCUUCCUGGAUAAGAACAAAGACUUACUCUUCCAGGACUUCAAACGCCUUCUCUUCAACAGUAAAAACGAUCUGAUCAAGGCAAUGUGGCCCGAAGGAAAACAGCACGUCACAGAGGUGACUAAAAGACCAGCAACAGCCGGAACAAACUUCAAGAAUUCUAUCAUCGCUUUGGUGGAAAAGCUGGCCUCAAAGGAGCCAUUUUAUGUGCGUUGCAUCAAGCCCAAUGAGCUGAAAUCACCUGUGGCAUUCGAUGAGCAGAGAGUUCAACACCAGGUGUUGUACCUGGGCCUUCUGGAGAAUGUUCGGGUGAGAAGGGCAGGCUUUGCCUACAGGAUGGCCUACCCCAGGUUCCUUCAGAGGUACAAGUGUAUCUCUAAGACCACGUGGCCACACUUCCGUGGAACAGACAUGCAAGGAGUUGAGUACCUGAUUCAGGAGCAGGGCUUCACUAAUGAUGUCAAGUAUGGCAAGUCCAAGAUCUUCAUCCGCACUCCGCAGACCAUCUUUGCUCUGGAGGAAGCGAGGGACAAGAUGAUUCCAGGAAUUGUCAUCUUCCUGCAGAAGAACUGGCGCGGUGGUUUGGCCAGAACAGCAAAGAGGAUGCGAGCCAUUUACAAAAUCAUGGAGCAAUUCCGCAGAUACAAGCUCCGGUCUUACAUCAGCAAACUGGCUCAGCUCUUCAAGAAUGCAAAGCACAUGAAGGAUUAUGGGAAGUCUCUACAAUGGCCUCCACCACCGAUGAUCCUUGAGGGCUGUGUCGUUGAGCUGCGGAAGUUCUUCAAGAGGUGGCGUGCCAGUAUGAUUCUCAAGAGCAUCCCUAAAUCUGAGUGGCCACAGAUGAGGCUGAAGGUGCUAACAGCUGACGCCCUCAAGGGCAAGCGCCCCCUGUGGGGCUACAGCCGCAAGUGGGAAGGCAACUACCUGGCCAAUGUGCAAGAAAACAGCAACACAAGUGAUUUUGUCCAGUCCAUGAAUACUCUCAAAGCUAAGGACAACUUCAACCGCGUUCUGUUCUCUUCACUGGUGAAAAAGACCAACAAACACAGCCAGAAUGCUGAGAGGGCCAUUGUGGUCACAGACAAGUUCAUCUACAAACUGGACCCCAAGAAAAGAUUCAAGUCUAUGCAACCAGGCAUUCCCCUGACAGAGGUUACAGGGAUCAGUGUGUCACCUGACCAGGAUCAGCUAAUCGCCAUCCACCUUCAGCGUGAGAACGACCUUGUCCUCUGCCUGCAGACAGUUCACCAUGAUGACAGGAUCGGUGAGCUCAUCGGACUCUUGAUACGCUGGUGGCAAAUGAACCAAGGAAAAGAGUUGACCGUGAAAGUCACCAAACACAUGCAGUGCAUGCUGGGACGCAAGUCGCGCAUCAUCUCCAUCAGCAACACGCAAACCAAUGGCGGGGGUGCGAUGUUCAGGAAGAACGGGACAGACAUCCAGCUGUUAUGGCCGUCAUGAGACGCCCACGGUCACGGGAUCAUCAUAUUUCAUACCUUACCUAGCUGGCAAGGAACAGUCGUGCCCGUUAUACCUUUACUACCCACACUUAAACAUGUAUUUCUGAACUCCCAUUUUAGUAUUUUGUUACGCAUUUUUUUUGGCUUUGUUUUCUUUGUUUUUUUGCAUACGCCGCAAAUUCAUACUUUAAAUUUUUGGGGAAUUUUUUUUUGUAUGGUUAAGUCCAUGUAUGCAGCUUUUGAGAUAUGAUGUGCUGUCCCUAUGCGACAUGACGUCGUUGCUUUAUGGAAGAGUUGGCUAGAUCUGCCCAUUUUAACAUUUUGGUUUUUAGAAAACUAAUUAAACAGAAUUAGAAUUAAAUUGAUGAUUGUGGAUUCCAUUGUGGAAUGGGAGUAGGGUUGAGGGUUGAAUAUUGCACUGGGGCAUAUUAAACUGGAAAACUGCAUAUUUUUAUUGAAGUGCAAAGAGAACCCAAUGCUGAUCGUGAACAGCAAAUAAGUUAUGAAAGUCAAAAAUGACAUGGGUAGCCUAGGGGUUCACAUUUUUGUUGUGUUAAAGCUCUCUAAUACAUGUAUUAAGAAAUUAGACAGCACCACUCUGCUAGACUGAUGUUAAGAGAUAUGAUAUCUUAGAAUAAAGCUGGUGCCUUGAAGACACCAGAUGACACAUGCGGUAAAUCAUUGAAGAGAUUCACAUAGUACAGCAUGGAUUUGCCUACAUCCACCCAGUCAAUGUUGAUGAGACCCUUACAAAUAGCUGUUGUUUGACAAUUCAUGGCAGCAGAUUGUGGUGGUUCCUUCACUGGUUUUGUGUGUUAUAUUCUUCAGUGUAAGGUCUCGCAUUUUCUUUCUCUCAUCAGUGUGGGCUUCAUACCACGAUACACCUUGUCUUGCCCGCAGGAUACAGCCACCCUUAUUGCUGAUGACUUCAUUAACUGGCAAUAUUUUGGGUGCCAUGAGAUUUAUUGUUUUAGUCCUUUGGUUAUAUAUACACAGGACUGAAAUGUAACU